CAACGCAAACACCACUGGCUUUCUCAUUAUCUCGCCAAAUAUAUGUCCUACAACAUGUUCCACGAAGGCGACCUCCAGAGUGGUGUGGCAUUGGCCCUUCAACAGUCCAAAGCUGUACUGUGUUUCGUACAAGACCAGUCGGAAACCAGUAAAGAGUGGGAGGAUGUCUUGAAAGAGCCGCAGAUCGCUACGGCCGUCACUGGCCAGACGAUUGCCUUGCGACUUGAGGCAGGCUCACAAGAAGCCGGCUUCCUCUCACCCAUAUGCCCAAUCAACAGUACCCCGGCAAUCAUUGUGAUAAAGAAUGCACAGCUACAACAAAACCUCCAGUCCGCAGAAAUCUCUGUUGCUGACUUGAAAGGACGAUUGAAGGCCGCAUUCGACAUACAAGAUGCAGGGGUUGAGACAGUCGCUGAGUUUGGCGCCGCGGUCGCAGAAGACGAGCAAACCUCCGGAGGCGUACCAGAGUAUCUGGCCCUCCAGCCAGCUCCUGGACAGAUGCGACUACCUAAUAAUGCCUACGAUGCCCUCCGCAACCAUACCCAGAAACUGCUAGACGAAGGCACGCCACCCUCUAAAGUGUUUCAGACACAAUUGUCAUUGCUGGACAAUAUACCCAUCUUCCACGAUGAGACCAAGCGCCUCCGAGGCGGUGCCCGAUCAGAACUCUCCGAAUAUGCUCGGUCACGUCUACUACGCCUACCGGCCGUUGGACUUCGGAUACCCGGCCAGGCAAAGUCUUCCAGCGCACCUCCAGCACAAUUUCGCCCAUCCCAAGCCGCGCAGCCGUCAUCGCCUGCUCCUGCCACGACUAUAUCCAGCAGCAAUGCCGUACCAGCUGCACGUCCUUCAAACAACGCAGCAACUCCACCACCGGACCACGCCACUUCCGAGAAACAAAAAGCCCAAAGAUCAGAGUACAUCAAGAUGCAACGUGAACGCGAACAAAAACAGCGGGAAGAACGAGAACGGAUCAAGGCGCAGAUCAAAGCCGACCGCGAAGAACGCCGACGUCUAGACGAAAUCCGAAAACAAGGCGAGACAGCAGCAGCACAGUCAUCAACGUCUGCAGGUUCAGCACAAUCCAAAUCACGAAGUACAGAGAUCAGAGUUCAAGUCCGCACCUUCGACGGCAGCACUCUCCGCUCUACAUUCCAACCAUCAUCAACUCUAUCCAAGGACAUCCGUCCGUGGAUUGACUCCAACUCCAACACCACAGCGCCAUAUAAUCUCAAAAUCAUCCUGACACCCUUACCGAACCGGGACAUCGAGGCCGGCGAAGAAGAGCAAGAGCUCAGCGCGCUUGGCGUGGUAGGCAGCUGCACCCUCGUCAUGGUCCCGGUUAAAGGAUACGUCGAAUCAUACACGGGUUCCGCGUCCGGGGGCCUCCUUGGCGCCGCCGUGAACGGAGGGUACAAUCUCGUCAGUGGGACAGCUGGGAUGGUAUUUGGCGGCGUGAAGAGUCUUUUGGGAUAUACUCAGGACAACGCUGCCACGGCCAGCACCUCUGGUAGUGGUUCUACGCAAGACACUCAAAACCCAGCACCGUCGAACGCUGCGAAGAAUGUGCGUGUCCGCACACUGGCCGAUCAACGUGCGGAAGACGCGAAGCGUGAUCAACAGUUCUACAAUGGGAAUCAGUUGAAUUUUGAGCCGAGGGAUGAUGACAAGAGAGACUAGGGACGUUUGUGGGGUGCUGUUUUCGAUGAUGGAGAUGCAGACUAUGGGGGGGGAACGGCGCUGUUUUCACCUUCAGUAUUACAUGUGGCAGAUCAGGAGUGAAGAUAUGUUCUAGCACCCGCACUCUGUUGUGCAGCUGUUGUCCAUAGCCUCGGGAGUGUAGAAUUUCUCCAAU